GCUCGUGUCCCCCGUGCUGGUGGCGAGUGCUGUCAUAGGUGUGGUCAUCAUCCUCUCCUGCAUCACCAUCAUCGUGGGCAGCAUCCGCAGGGACAGACAGGCCCGGCUUCAGCGGCACCGCCACCGCCACCGCCGCCACCACCACCACCACCAUCACCACCGCCGGCGUCGACACCGAGAGUACGAGCACGGCUACGUGUUGGACGGGCACACAUACAGCCGCUCAAGCCACAGGAUGCGCUAUGCCUGCAGCUCCUCGGAGGACUGGCCCCCACCCUUGGACAUCAGCUCUGAUGGGGACGUGGAUGCCACGGUACUCAGGGAGCUGUACCCAGAUUCUCCACCAGGCUACGAGGAGUGUGUGGGGCCAGGGGCCACACAGCUGUAUGUCCCCACGGACGCACCGCCACCCUACUCUCUGACUGAUUCCUGCCCCACGCUGGACGGCACCUCCAACUCAGGCAGCAGCCACAGCCCCGGCCGACACCAGCAGGAGCAGAGAACCCCGGCCCAAAGUGGCCUCCACACGGUCUCCAUGGACACCCUUCCCCCCUAUGAGGCUGUGUGUGGAGCCGGCCCCCCAUCGGGCCUGCUGCCACUGCCAGGCCCAGGCCCAGGGUCAAGGGGCUCCCAGGGCUCACCCACCCCAACCCGGGCCCUAGCCUCCGGCCCAGAGAGGAUUGUGUGAGGGACCCAGCCGGCCGGGUCCUGCUGGUCCCUAUGGGCUGAACCACAUUCUUUAGGCACACAAAGGCAUGCACACACACACACACACACACACACACAGAGAUGCACUCGUGACUCAUACACACACAGACCAAACUUGUAUACACACAGACAUCUACACUGACAUACCCCGUGUACACACACAGAUCUAGACAUGCUCCACGUGUGUGUGCACAUGCGCACACACAGGCCCACCACAAACACAAAACCCACCGGCAAAGGUUUCACAGAAUGUGGAGCUCUCCUGGCCUCCCGUCCCUCCUCCUGGCCUGUUGGUUGUGCCUCUGUAGACAGUGCUGCGGGGAAAGAGGCGAAGUAGGAAGUUGGACUUUCUCUUCCCUCUCCCAGGCCCGUUUGCCCCUAUCCUUGCCGGCAAGCUGUGCCCAAAUUCUGAUUCUGCCUCUGGAAACUGCUGGACCAUCCAAGGUCAGCCGCCUGCCCUGACCCCUACCCCAGGGCCAGCUUGUCCUCCUGGGAGGCGGGACAGGCCCCAGUGAGGUUCCAUUGUGCGCUGUGCCUAUCUCUCAAUUCCAGGGCAGAUGAGCCACAACAUCACCACCCUGCCACUUACAAAGUGGGGGACCUGGGUCUGGGGGCUCAGGUGCAACCUGGAGGCCCUCACAGCCCACCAGGCCCCCUCCCAACCCCAGUACCCUCAGUCAGGUGGUGCUAGUAGAGCCAUCUCCUAAGCUGCAGGCCCCAGGUGGAUGGGCAGGGCCCUUCAUGGGUGUGCAGUGGCGGUUCCCUCGUCAGUCCAGCCACUGCCCAGGACUAAGGGUCUUCAAGGAAGACGAGGUCAUUGUCCUUCUCCAGGUGGCUUCACCGCAGUGCUGCCUGGGCACCUCUCUGAGGCAGAGAAGUGGCCCCUCGCUCAGUCCCUGCCCGGCCGACCACUGUGGCCUGCACCCAAAUGGGUCAGAGCCAGAUCCCGGAGCUGGUGCUGUCCUCCUAGGUGGCCGCUCAUAGCUGGGGAUGGUGAGUGAAUGUGUUCUGGCCUUGCCCACGUGGGUGUUUGCAGAGACAAAAUGAAGGGGAUAUACUCCCCAUAAAUACCACCUUGCCACCACAAGAGGACCAGAAGGCUACUCGGCCUUGCUGCCACAGAAGGGGAUUUGUAGGGUCAGCCUGGCUGCAGAAAGGCUGGCUCAGAUCUUGACCGAGAAACCCCAGUGAUUUCCAUCAAAGACCACGCAGGUAAUGGAAGUGAUUCCUGAAGACCCAACCCACCGAGGGUGGCAGCCAAGCGUCUUUGAGGAGUGUCCCCGCCAGCAUCGCCAGCAGCCAUCACUCUGCCUCCCUCCCACCUCUUGUCCCCCAUCGUUAAACAACAGCACCCUACCCAGCCUCCCCACAUUUCUGUUCCUGUAAUGAAGGGCUAAGACGAUUUAGUAAUCUCUUUCUUAAGCAGAGGAGUGGCAAGGAUGGCAAUCU